CUGGCCGACUGACAGACCGACUGACAACCAAGACCAACCCACGCACACAAAAAUGCCAGGUGAGCGGCUGACAGUGAGAGACGAGGCGGAUGUGGGGCGUUUCCCCGGCGCCGCCCCGCCCACCCGGGUGGAGUUGACUAUUCACAAGGAGGGGGAGAAGAAGCAGGAGGAGGGAGGCUGUCGGCGCUGGUUCAGGAAGAUAUGCCCGUGCUGCUGUAAGCGCCAGAACAGCGCCUCCUAUGAUGUUACAGAUAAGGUGGAGAUAGUGAAACCCCCGGCCCCGGCCCCAGCCCCGGCCCCAGCUCCAGAGCCGCCCAAGCCAAAGCCUCAGAUUGGAGACAACAAUGAAAUGGAAGAAAUGGCGCUGGUGGUGCGUUCGGCUGACAUGCUGAGUUCCAAGACGGGUCAGAACAGACAGGAGCACCACACCGACCUGUUUGACGGGGACGAGCUGAUCAUCCGUCGAGGACAGACCUUCCAGAUAGAGCUGGAACUCAACAGGCCCUUCAGCGCCGACACCGACAAACUGCACCUCGACCUCAAGACGGGUCCCUUGCCCGUGGUGUCCAAGGGGACCCACGUCAUUAUUCCACUGGUGGAUCACCUGGAGGAUGAGCGCUGGGAGGCCAAGAUUGUGGAGCACAACGGCAACAAGAUCAAGCUGUCCGUCAACUCACCGCCUAAAGCUGUGAUCGGCCUCUACGGGCUCUCCGUGACGACUUCCUCCUCAAAGGGCGGGAUAGCAACCACUCACGAUUUGAACAAGAACAUCGUCAUGCUCUUCAACCCUUGGUGUGAAGAGGACACAGUGUUCUUGGAUGAUGAGGAGGAGAGGAAGGAGUACGUGCUCAACGAUAUUGGGAGAAUCUACUACGGCACAGAGAACCAAAUUGGGGCUCGCACAUGGAACUUUGGACAGUUCCAAGAGGGGAUUUUGGAGGCGAGUUUGUUUGUCCUGGAGAAGAGUGAGAUACCUCCCUCUGGGAGAGGUGACCCUGUCAACGUGGUCAGGGUUAUAUCUGCCAUGAUAAAUGCCCAAGAUGACUUUGGGGUGCUGGUGGGGAACUGGUCAGGAAAUUAUUCUGACGGAGUCUCUCCUGCGGCCUGGAGUGGCAGCGUGGAGAUCCUCAAGAAGUACCAUGCCUCCGACGGGACGCCUGUGUCUUAUGGACAGUGCUGGGUCUUUUCUGGGGUCACUACAACAGUGCUCAGGUGUCUUGGCGUACCUGCGCGCAGUGUGACCAACUUCCAGUCUGCCCAUGACACUGAUAUAUCCCUCACGACAGAUGUAUACUUCGAUGAGAAUAUGGAGCCGAUCGACUACCUCAACACUGACUCUGUCUGGAACUUCCAUGUGUGGAACGACUGCUGGAUGGCCCGACCGGACCUGCCCCCAGGUCACGGGGGCUGGCAGGCUCUUGACUCCACCCCGCAGGAGACCAGCCAGGGCACCUUCCGCUGUGGCCCUGCCUCUGUGAAUGCCAUCCGCUCCGGCCAGGUCUACCUCAAACACGACACACCGUUUGUCUUUGCUGAGGUGAACAGUGAUAAGAUCUACUGGCAGAGGAACCUGGAUGGGACCUUCAGCCAGAUCCACAGUGAGAAGAAGGCUGUCGGACACCACAUCAGCACCAAGGCAGUGGGCUCUGAUGAGCGGGCAGACAUCACACACCUCUACAAGCACUCUGAAGGUUCGGAGGAGGAACGCAUUGCCGUGGAGACAGCAAGUCGCUAUGGCAGCAAGCCAGAGGUCUACUCCACCCCCAUGGCGGAGGAUGUGAGCGUGGAGGUGAACAUGGAGGGUGAGGGGCCCAGGAUGGGAGCUGAUGCCCAGCUGACCAUCACGGUGAAGAACCUGAGCUCACAGCCUCGCCGGACGACCCUGCACAGCCAGGUGGCGGUCAUGUACUACACCGGCGUGCUGAAGGGCACUGUGAAGAAGGACCAAAUGCCUGUGGAACUCCUGCCAAAUGAAGUGAAGACCAUUGAGUGGGUGCUGCCCUACCAGCAAUACCAAGACCAGCUGGUGGACCAGGCAGCCCUGAUGCUGACCCUGUCUGGAAGGGUCAGUGAGACCCAGCAAGUCUUAGCCAACCAGACCACUUUCAGGCUCCGCACACCUGACCUCAACAUCAAGCCUUUGGGAGAAGCUGUGGUUGGAAAGGAGAUGGCUGCCAAGAUCACCUUCACCAACCCGUUGCCACGGAUGCUAAAGGGUGUGAUCUUCAGAGUGGAGGGCCUGGGCCUGCAGAAGGGCCAUGAAGUCAUUGUCGGUGAUGUCAGCGGUCACUCCACGGUGACGUUGACAGAGCACUUCAUCCCCACUCAGCCUGGACUCAGGAAGCUGGUGGCCUCUCUGGACUGCAAACAGCUCACACAGGUGCAUGGAGUGGUUGACAUCCUCGUCCAGGAAUAAUGAGAAGCAGCCAGCAAGAUGGAGUCCUGUCGCCCUUCUGUCUGCCUGUCUCACGUCACUGUGCUCCUGAAAUCAAAGAGUUAGCUCGUUAGCACCAAAUGAUGUGAAAAGUGAGAUAACUUUCUUUAUAUUAACCUCCAAAACUCAUGUAUUUUGUACUUCAGCAAAAUAUAGAUUUUUUGAUAUUUUACACUUUGAAUAGGCAACACCAGUAUUAUUGUUAAACUUGAAACAUUAUCAUAUGUAAAGUUAAAUACACUUGUGCCUUGCUCUGCGAGGGUAUCCUAUUAACUCAACUGUGGAAGACGAAGAAUACAGUUGCAUUUAAUGCUAGCAAAUCAAGUGCUUUAAUUGAAAGUCAUUAGUAGGCUACUGAAGUCCUUAAACUGUAAGAGGAUGUCACUUAUAUAUCACUAUCUAACAACUGCACGGCCUGUCCAAAUUUAGUCUUUUUUUAAGACACUGAACAAAGAAUUUUGAGACGCAUAAAGUCAGGUCCUAAUUUUAUGAUACUGUAUAUAUGUGUAUUAUUCACUAUAACAAUGUGUUUAGCAUGCAUGCAUUGUGUGUGAAAAGUAUUGUCAGACAACAUGUGUGUCACGUGGCUAACAUUAAGGCAGAGAAGGUCUGUGAAAUCCAUCGAAAGGGAAUAAUGCGAAAAUUUACAUUUAGUUUGAUGUUUUGCAAAAGGCAGUUUCCUCUCUUGUUCAGCUUUACACGUCAUGAAUAUUGUCCUAUCGAGACCGAUAAAAAUGCAAUUCUGUGACAGCGAAUUGCAUUACCUGUGAGAAUGAUGACAGAGCAUGUUAUGUUGCUUCCCUGUACUGAUAUUACACAUCUAAAAUUAUGGGGGAAAAAAGUAAAUCAAGAGUGUGACUCAAAUGCUAUCUCUAUCACCUCAGGCGAUGCAGUUUGUGGAUGUCGUGAGAUUCAUUUUGAGGUCCAAUAACUCAAAUCAGCUGAAACAAAUUACUGAUUUUCUAUCGUUCCUUUUGCAGGAUACCAACCUAAACAUCCUUUAUGAUGAAAUGUACUUACAGGUUGCUUUGAUUUGUGUGUGUAUUUCCAUGAGUGGUUUUAUAUAUUAACACUGAAGUCAGUAUUAUGUUGCAGUGCACCCAGCGGAUGUGCCUUCUCACCAAAGUCUUUUACUGUCACCGCUGUAAAUUGCAGCCAACUGUACCAGAGACCACUGUGGCCUUGAUGAUCUUUACUUGUGCCUGGUUGUAGUCAGUUUUUUUUUUCUUA